CUCAACGCAAAGCAACCUCCAGGAGAGACACGAAGCGCUCCCUGAUACGCCGAAUGUAAAGUAAAGCCAUUACCAUCAGCAUCUCUUUUCUACCGCAGCUAUAAUAGCCUAGACCUCCCUGCUUGAAGGUCUAUCUCUAGCCAUGACGAAAAACAGAAAGCCCAAUACAAGCGAAAAGAAUUCUGCCCCAUAUAUUCAAGAUGACGUGGCGAAGAAAAUUCAGAAAACUAGCAAUGGGGUUAGUGGCUCUGCACCCCAUGGGUCAGGGUCGGAAAGUUGGGUCAAAGUUAUAGCAGUUGUGUGUUAUAUCGUUUUAGUUGCUGCUGCAGGUUUUGCCGCUUUUUAUCUGCAACAAGUACUAGAAGAAGUCCAUGAAGUCAGCACCAAAAACGAGGAGAGUUUAAAGGAAAAUGCAGAGCUCACGCGUAAAAUGGAAAAUGUUCUUCAGCAGGUGGAGUCUUUGAGGAGCUCUGUGGAUGGGCUGGAGUCGGUGCUGGGCACCACCCGGACCGAGCUAGAGGGGGCAAGCCGGGCGGUGAGGAAGGGUGAGGCGGAGACCAGGCGGGUGGAGGAUGCCCUCGGAAGGCUCCAGAGCGAGCUACUUCGUGACCUCUCUGACGGCAUCAAGGAGGUGAAGGAAGCUCGAGAGCAGGACUUCUCCUCCCUGGAGAAGACCUUGGAGGAGCGUCUGGUGGAGCUUAGUCGCUCCAUCGCGGCAAGUGUGGCUGAAUUCACCGAGGCCCAGGGUGAGGCGCAGAGCCAGCUGGCUGACAUCAAAGCCCGUCUGGGUGACAUGGAGGACCCUAACCUGAUCAAGCAGGAACUGUCCGCCAUCGUAGACACCGUCGCUGAACUCGGAACCAACCAAAAAGCCGUAGAGGCCUCGGCCAUUUCCCUGGGAGAGCAAAUCACUGCGGUGGGGGCAGAGCUCCACACACGCAACCAGGAGGUGGGGUCACUGUCCCAGGAAGUGGAGGCAGUGCGAGUUCUGGUGCUGGAAACGUCUGGAAGUUUGAAGGAGUCGCUGAUGGGGGCAGAAGCCGGUGUUCAAGCGUUGACAGACCAAGCUCAGAUCUUGCAAGGUGGCCUCGAACUUGCCACCGGCGCUCUCCACAGUCUGGAGAAGGAACUUCAAGCGGAGGUUUCCCGGGCAGAGAAAACAUCAGACGACCUGGACGGACGACUCAGAGCUUCAGAAGACACCGUUGAGUCACUAGUAGCAUCUGUAUCAGACCUGAGCUCCCAAGGCGAGUCUCUGCUCGCUAAAGUUGACUACCACGACAGUAAGCAAGCAGCACAAAGUCAGGCCAUGGAAAAGGCCCUGGAGGGGGAGCUGGAUGCUCUGAGAAAAAGCCUUGUGGAGCUGCAGUCCAACAUGGCUGCUCUUAGCGGUUCUCAAACUGAGUUAGCUGCCAAGGACUACGACGUUGUUGAGCAGAUUGAGGGGCUGAAGAGCGUGUUAGCUGCCCAGCCUCCACAAGACCUGGAGAAUCUGAGGAGCACAGUCGACGGCUUGGUGGAGAAGGCAGCUAGGCUGGAGAAGCAUGACAAUGCAAUUUCUGUCCUUCAGGGUGAACUGCAGAAAACAAUAAGCACUCUAGAAGCGCUGUCCAACGUCCCAAAACACAAAGAAGUGAAAGUGGGAGCGAGCUCAUAAAAAGUGAAUAAGCAGUAUGACAUCAUCCUGGGGUAAUAACAUAAGAUGUUAAGGUUCUUCAUGUUUUGUAAUUGUAUAUUCUCCUUUGAGGUACAACUACAUUGGCAUACUUUUAGCCAAAAGAAAAUCCCCAUGGUCAUAUUUCUGAGACAUCUUAAUAGGUGGAGCUAGAAGAGAGGUAGUUUGCAGGUAGGGCUACAGUAGAUUGGGUAAUAGGGAAAAGGAGUGUCACCUGCUGUUCUGUGAAUCAAAACCAAUAUUCAAAGUGCACUGUAUUUUUUUUUCAAUCCAGUUUCUGAUUUCAGGAUUGUUUCAGACACCCAAAUGCAAUAAGCUCUUUUACUGAGCACAUGUCAUGGUUUACUGAUUGUGUUUUGUUGUAACAAAAAUAAAAAAUAAAUGUAUAA